CCCCCGAGAAUUACAAUGCUUUAUUUAAACAUCUUAAAGCUUUUUGGCUUGUGGAAAAAGCGAAUUUGAAUAUUCCUGAAUCCUCAAAUCAUACAGAAGCAUCACAUCAUGAGAAUUUGUCCAUAGUGCCAGUCGAGCAGGAAUCAGCAAAAAAAGGUGAUUUGAUAGAUUUUGGAGGACAACCCAAUUACCUUGCAACGCCCACAGGUAUCACUCGUUGCCAUAAUUUUGCUUAUAAUUGCUCUAAUUUAUUAUUUUAAGCUCAACACAACUCUCCCCAUUCUACUGGGUAUCCACAUCAGAAUCCUUUACAAAUGGUAGUUCAGAAUCAAGGUCAAACUCAACAUAACCCAUACUUAGGUAAAAAUUACAAUCUCAAAAACAUGCUUUAUCAUUUGACCUUAUUUAAAGGUUUGCAGCAUAGUCAUCAGCCUGUACAGGCAUCUUGGAGUCAUCAACAACUGCCAAUUGUCCCCUACUAUAAUCCACCUCAAAAUCAAAACUAUUUUGGUUGA